CUGUCGAGCAAAAUGUUUUGAAAAAUUCUCCAACGAAGAACUGCAAUCAAAUAUGGUGCGCUUUAUUUCUAUUAAAUCUAAGGAUAUAUUUCUGCAAGGACUGAUAGAGGUUCGAAGUAUACAGCGGCGGCGCGCUAGGGUUGAGGUGGGUACUAAAGCAAAAUCCAAUACCUUUAAAUACUACACAUUCAAAGGUUCAGACAAGAUUGAAGUUUGUUUGAAAGCAUUUAUCUCAGUAUAUGGUAUUACUUUGGGUCGAGUUAGAAGACUUAAAGAUCUUGCCGUGCUAGGAAAAUCCCCUAGAGUCUUACGUGGAAAAAAUCCAAGUGGUAAUAAACUCGGCGAAGAAGUUCAGUUUGCUGUUCCAGUCGUUUCCCGUUAA